UUAAAGUGGUGUCUGAAUUUUACGUCAACUAAAGCGGAACCUUUUAUACUGAGCUACGGUUGCCUACCGGUAUUUUUUGCUGUACACAUUGUUUACUUCCUAGCUUUUUUGGCAGUGAAAUAAUUUCCAGUUUAAAAAGUGUCAGCUUGUAUUUGUUAAAUCUGAGUAUCGCACUAAAUGUUAUAGUCUUUUUUACUUAUAUUAUUUAGUAGUUUUAUUGUUGCAAACGUGACAAAGUGUUAGUUAAAUGACUUUAGUGUGUGAUGAUGGAGGAGCAGAGUAGAGACACUGUACUGUCUGUGAAGGAUGAAGAGCUGGACGACCAGACAGAGAUGACAGCUUUAGACCCAGAGGAGGAGGAGGAAGAUGAGGAGGCUCUUCCUCACUCAGAGAUCCUGGAUAUUUUCGAGGAGGGACUUGCUCGACUUGUGCAGGACCCUUUACUCUGUGAUCUGCCAAUUCAGGUGACUCUGGAGGAGGUGAAUUCUCAGAUUGCUUUGGAGUACGGCCAGGCGAUGACUGUGAGGGUUUUAAAGGCAGAUGGAGAGAUAAUGCCCAUAGUGGUGGUGCAAAAUGCCUGUGUACUUGAUCUGAAGAAGGCCAUUCGCAGAUUCAUGGAGCUGAAACAACAACGUGAAGGCGGAGUGAAACAUGUCAGCUGGAGAUAUGUUUGGAGAACGUAUCAGUUAGUAUUUCAAGGGGAAAAGCUUGAAGACGACAAGAUGAGGCUUAAAGACUACGGGAUCAGGAACAGAGAUGAAGUGACGUUCAUGAAGAGACUCAGGAAAAAGUGAAAUGUCGCAGCCAACGUUUGUGACGUCAGGAAGAAACACCAGUUCCUUCAGUGUGUACUACCGGCCUCGCAGACUGGAAAUGACUUUCACAAAGUAUUCAUGAUUGUAUGAUUUGUAUUUUAAGUGUUUUUUGGGGAAGUUUUGACAUAUCUUUGUACACAUUACACACUGAGCAUGCUUCUCAAAGACGCUACAUGUAAAUAAGAUAUCUGGAGAUGUUAAGCCCCCAUUUAACUGCCAGUGGGAUUUUUGUAUAGUUUUUCUGCAAACAAUAAAACAUAUUUCCGUAUUUUAUUUUUAUUUUUGUGUGUUUGUGUUUUACUUGCAUCGCAACAAGAGCAUGCUGUUACAUUUUUCCAGAGAGGUGCCGUCGUAAUCCGACAAUUUGAAUAUUUCCUGGUAUAAGUGAACACUGUUAUGCCCUUGUUGACCUAGUUUGAAUGUUACCUGUGAAGGAUACACUGGGAGCAGCUGAGGACAUAUGGUAAUAAACACGGUUUCUCUUUAA